GGGGGACACACUGGGAGGAUGAGAUCUUUAAUUACAGGUGGGAGGAUGUCAUUCGGUCGCAACCUGGCUCGGGGACAGAUGUUAGGAAACGUGUCCUGAUGCCGCUGGAACGGGGAACUCCCGAACAACCUGUGCUUCCCCGACUCCUGUUUAAUAGGUUUUUUUUAAAAUAGGUUUUAUUGCCUCAGUAAGACAUUAAUCAGAUGACUGGAAAGAUGACUAGUUAAGUCGACAAAAGGGGAGAAACAUUCUUUGCUGGGACUUGCCUUUUGGCAGAACAGUACCAGAGUGGCUUUAGUUUGCUAGCUUGGUUUCGCUGUCAGUUGUUUGGAGCCGCCUACAUGGGAUUAAAAGAGGAAUUGAAAGAGAAUUUGUUUUGCGGUCAGCGACUGUUUUGACUAUUGGUAGGCUACUCAGUUGGGCAUAAUUUAGCAACAUGUCAGACACGGAACGGUCUUUACCGUUCUGCAGGCGUAUCAGCUACGCCGCGGGACACUUUCUAAACGACCUGUGUGCAUCUAUGUGGUUUACCUACCUGUUAGUUUACUAUCACUCCGUGCUGGGGUUCCCUAACACCAGCGCCGGUGUCCUGCUGUUAGCCGGCCAGAUAGCAGACGGGGUGUGCACGCCUCUUAUCGGUUACGAAUCGGACCGAACCCCGGGCUGCGGGUCAUACGGGAAGAGAAAGUCGUGGCACCUGGUCGGUACGGUCAGUGUUUUGCUGUCCUUCCCCUUCAUCUUUAACCAGUGUCUGGGCUGUGACCUCUCGACCCCGGAGUGGGUGGGCCUAAUCUACUUCAUCCCCUUCAUCGUGGUGUUCCAGUUCGGCUGGGCGGCGACGCAGAUCUCUCACCUGUCUCUCAUACCUGAGCUGGUGUCCUGUGAACAUGCCAAGGUGGAGCUCACUGCUUACAGGUAUGCCUUCACAGUGGUGGCCAACAUCAUUGUGUUCGCCGUGGCCUACCUGCUCUUCCACUUCCAGCCUGGACAGGAAGGAGACCCCUCCAUCAGCGAUGCCCUCGGACCAAUAGACAUCCCCGUGUUCAGGAACCUGAGCCUGAUCGUCUUGGGGAUCGGAGCUCUCUUCUCUCUUGUGUUCCACCUCGGCACGCGAGAGAAGAGGAGAGCUGGAGAGGGGAAGGAGGAGGAGGAGGAGGAGGAGGAGGAGGGAGAGCGCCGGCCGCUUAUCCCUGCUCCCCAGCAUCCCCCCAAGGCUCUGCUCCGAUGGAGCUGCUGGCUGAAACAGCCCUCCUUCUACCAGGUGGCUUUUCUCUACAUGACCACCAGGCUCAUUGUCAACCUGUCCCAGACGUACAUCUCUAUGUACCUCACCAACUCACUGAUGCUGCCCAAGAAAUACAUUGCUACUAUUCCCCUGGUGAUGUACAUCAGUGGUUUCAUCUCUUCCUUCAUCAUGAAGCCACUCAGCAAGCUCAUUGGCAAAUGUCUGACCUACUUUGUGGGCAUCCUGCUGGUGCUGGCCUUCUCCUAUUGGGUGAUCCUGGACACAAACAUGGGUCAGCAGAUCUACGGGGCUGCCAUCCUGCUGGGGGCGGGGUCAGCCACCAUCUUGGUGAUGUCACUAUCCAUGACGGCCGACCUCAUUGGUGAACAGACGCAAAGCGGAGCGUUCGUCUACGGGGCCAUGAGUUUCACUGACAAGGUGGCCAAUGGAGUUGCUGUCAUGAUGAUCCAGGCCAUGCACCCCUGCCACACGCAGUUGUGCUGUGCGGCGUGUGUGUGGUUCUACCACGACAUCAUGGUCAUCGUCACAGGGGGCGUGGCCUUUGCAGCCACACUGGGACUCUGCACUCUUAUGAUCUGGCCAAUCGGGAUAACCCAGCGUGCUCCGUCAGUCUCAGGGUUGAUGGGGGACGGUCUGGACCCCUCAGAUAACAGCUGUGACCAGGAAGGGGUCAACUAACCCCUGACCCUUAAACCACUAAACACCUGACCACUAAACCCCAACCUCUACGGAUAUGCAGUCAGUCAAACUACCUCUAAACUCCUCAGUACCUGGGAGGAGAGGGACAAGCAGGCCUGUCAGGUGAACACUAGAUACUGCAGGAGAAGGUAAAGGAUCCGCACAUUAUAUAUAGAAACUACAACUCUGAGUAUCUGUACUAGAAGCUGCUGUCAUCUCUGCUUGUCUGAGUGCCAAACUUACAAACUAGAAUCAGUUCAGAUGAUCAUUAGAGGCUUAUGUCUGCUUCAAUCAAACUAUUUGUUUUUAAUGCUCUGAUUGUUUUAUUUUUUAAUGAAUGAAUAAGGGAGAUUAUAUAUCUAUACACACCCAUUUUUAUAAAAAGGGAGCCGUUUAAUUAAGUGUUUUACUAAAAAGGGAUAUUUCACUGAAGGGAAGGCUCUGUGUUUUCUGGGUGGACUAACUGACAGGAAUCCAGUCUUGGUGUUAAGAAAUUCUCAACUCUGUGCCCUCUGGAGAAAAAAAACAUGUUUUUAUUGUUUUAAUAUAUUUUUGUAUCGUUGUCUUUCUGUGUUUGUGGACCAUUGUUAUAUUGCACAAUACACCUUAUACCCCC